UUUUGUUUACAUUCAAAUUUAUCAUUUAAAAGAUAUUUUGAGUAAAAAAUGAACAUCGAAAAAAUAUGCUUCUUUAUACUUUCUACAACAUCUACAAUUAUAAAUGCUCUUUCCUUGUAUUUUUCUUACAGAAAAUACAAAAUGCACAAAAGCAACUACGUUAUACUGUGUAUUAAUUUAUCUUUUAGUGAUUUAUUGCGUAGCAUAGCAGGGUAUAUACCAUCUUUAUUUAUUGAAGAACAUAUAAACACUGCUACAACGUUGUGUAAGUUAUCUGCUUUUUUUAUCGCUUUGACAGCGUAUACAGCAAUUGCUAUGAUAACAGCAAUCGCUCUUUCAAGAAUGGUGUUAUUAAGUACAUGUAUUCUUAGUAAUAAAAUUAAUUACAAAGCACUUUUCAUAAAAAUUGGAGUUUUAUCGUGGAUAUAUGGAUUUACUUUGGCUGUUAUGCCUUUUGUAGGAUUUUCUUCGUACACUCUAGAAGAAACGCGAGCUCGUUGUUCGAUCAACUUUUCUCCUAAAACUAGAGUGGAAAAAAUUUAUUUAAUUUUAUUAAUAGCCUUUGGAUUUUUUAUUCCUGUCAUAAUAAUAUCAAUUUCAUGUUUAUAUACAGCUUAUGUAAUGCGCACAAAAUAUAAAUAUUUUAAUGCAACAUACGGUAGGGAAAAUAUUGAAACAAAACGGUAUAAAGAAAAGGAAAAGAAGGCAUUUUUAUCUUUUGUACUAAUGAUAUUGUCUUUUAUAGUAUGUUGGACACCAUACGCUAUAAUUGGUUUUUUUUCAGCAUUUACCUCAAUAAAAAUAUUUAAAUGGCUGCUCCACUUAGCUGUCUAUUUUGGAAAAUGUUCUACUAUAGUAAACCCAGUAAUUUAUUUUUGGAAAGAUGGCUUAUUUAACAAAUCUUUUAUAAGUAAAAGAGCACAAUUAAUACAAUUAUUAACUAGAAAGACUCGAGUAUGCAAUCGACCAAUGAUUUAAUGUUAGUAUUGAUAUGGUGCAAUAAUAAAGUUUUAUACAACACUUUCAUAACAACAAAUAAAGCCUUUAAAAAUGUGGAGCUUAUUUACUAUGCUAUUCUUUUAAGUUCAAUAAUUUUAUUAAACUUCAAUGAUGAAACUAUAUUUAUAUGCAAUAAGAAUAUUGAAUAUUUUUCAAAAUAUGAA